AUGGCUGACAGUUUGUAUGCAGCUCGUAACUACUACUACAUUGGAGCUUAUCAACAAUGUGCUAAAGAAGCUCAGGUAAGUGUAACAUUAGCUAGUGCAGUAGUUUUUGUGAUGCUUUUUUAGAAUGCAAAUGUGAAAACAGACAAGGAACGAUUGGAGAAGGAUGCCUUUCUCUUCAGAUCUUAUGUAGCUUUAGGCAAGAGUUCUGUUGUCUUGUCCGAGAUCUCAGCUGAUGUUAAGGAUGAUGUUCUCAAGGCUGUCAGGUUUCUGGCUUUGUUCAAAUCACAGUUUAAUACGUAAGUUUUAAAUAUUUAGUAAAAUCAGCAGACAUAGAUUGUGUUUUUAGUAAUAUUGAUUAAAAUGUUGAUAAUGUUUACUAUUUCAUUCUUUAAAUUGUUUUAGUGAUCGAGUUGUGGGUCAAGCUGAGGAACUAGCCGAAAAUACGGUGGACGAUUUGGCCUUGGUUAUCUUGGGAUCGAUCUUGAUAAUCGCUGGUGUAUGUAUUAUUUUUUAUUUAUAAUGUAACUAUUGCAAUAUAUUUUAACAUGCGUUCUAUUUUUACUGUUCUAGAAGUUUGAAGAAGCCUAUCAAAUUUUGAAGCGAUCUGAUCUUCUGGAAGCUCGUGCUUUAUCUGUCCAAUGUCUUCUGGCUGUUAACAGAUUUGACCUUGCUUUGUAAGUUUUUAAUUGUAGUUUAUCUUUUACGAGUUUAGGAGAGGAAUGAAGCAGAUGCAGGAAAUUGAUGAAGAUGCCACUUUAACGCAGUUGACUUUGGCUUGGCUGUACAUCUGCAAUGUAAGGAUUGGUUUACAGUUUUAAAAUUAAUGUAUCUUAUUAUCUAAUAAAGGGCAGAAUAUUGUUUAAAUAUGAGAUGCUUUAUUUGAAUAUUUAGGGAAAGGAAAAACUUCAAGACGCGUUUUACAUCUACCAAGAGAUGAUCGACAAGUUUGGUGCUACUUCCGAUCUCUUGAUAUCCCAAUCUGCUGUUAGAAUAAUGAAGAAGGAGAUUCCAGAAGCCGAAAACUGCAUUCAAUUGGCAGAAGAGAAAGAUUCUUCAGCACCUGGAGUUUUAAUCAACCAGUUUUUGAUUAACAGUUUACAACAUAAGAGUGACGAUGUAAGUGUCUUCAAUAGUGAAGUGAGGGUAUUUUAGUGGAGAACAUUUUGUUAAUGUAAACUGCAGUAAAUUUAUUUGCGUAAUUGUAAAAUACAGCAAUGCGAUGUAUUAUGUCUUUCUUUUCAGAUCUUAAACCGAAGUUUGACACAAUUGAAAGCGGAGCAUUCCAACUUGGCAUGGGUCAAAAGCUACAUCGAGAAGGAACAGCAGUUUGAUGAGCUAGAAUAA